AGCGGCCGCCUCCUCCCGCGCCUCCCCGGCCCGCAGCCCGCGGUCCCGCGGCCCCGGGGCCGGCACCUCUCGGGCACCGGCUCCCCGCGCGCAAGAUGGCUGACCCGGCUGCGGGGCCGCCGCCGAGCGAGGGCGAGGAGAGCACCGUGCGCUUCGCCCGCAAAGGCGCCCUCCGGCAGAAGAACGUGCAUGAGGUCAAGAACCACAAAUUCACCGCCCGCUUCUUCAAGCAGCCCACCUUCUGCAGCCACUGCACCGACUUCAUCUGGGGCUUCGGGAAACAGGGAUUCCAGUGCCAAGUUUGCUGCUUUGUGGUGCACAAGCGGUGCCAUGAAUUUGUCACAUUCUCCUGCCCUGGCGCUGACAAGGGUCCAGCCUCUGAUGACCCCCGGAGCAAACACAAGUUUAAGAUCCACACGUACUCCAGCCCCACGUUUUGUGACCACUGUGGGUCACUGCUGUAUGGACUCAUCCACCAGGGGAUGAAAUGUGACACCUGCAUGAUGAAUGUGCACAAGCGCUGCGUGAUGAACGUUCCCAGCCUGUGUGGCACGGACCACACGGAGCGCCGCGGCCGCAUCUACAUCCAGGCCCACAUCGACAGGGACGUCCUCAUUGUCCUCGUAAGAGAUGCUAAAAACCUUGUACCUAUGGACCCCAAUGGCCUGUCAGAUCCCUACGUAAAACUGAAACUGAUUCCCGAUCCCAAAAGUGAGAGCAAACAGAAGACCAAAACCAUCAAAUGCUCCCUCAACCCCGAGUGGAACGAGACAUUUAGAUUUCAGCUGAAAGAAUCGGACAAAGACAGAAGACUGUCAGUAGAGAUCUGGGAUUGGGAUUUGACCAGCAGGAAUGACUUCAUGGGAUCUUUGUCCUUUGGGAUUUCUGAACUGCAAAAAGCCAGUGUUGAUGGCUGGUUUAAGUUACUGAGCCAGGAGGAAGGCGAGUACUUCAAUGUGCCUGUGCCACCAGAAGGAAGUGAGGCCAAUGAAGAACUGCGGCAGAAAUUUGAGAGAGCCAAGAUCAGUCAGGGGACCAAGGUCCCAGAAGAAAAGACGACCAACACUGUCUCCAAAUUUGACAACAAUGGCAACAGAGACCGGAUGAAACUGACCGAUUUUAACUUCCUAAUGGUGCUGGGGAAAGGCAGCUUUGGCAAGGUCAUGCUUUCAGAACGAAAAGGCACAGAUGAGCUCUAUGCUGUGAAGAUCCUGAAGAAGGACGUUGUGAUCCAAGAUGAUGAUGUGGAGUGCACUAUGGUGGAGAAGCGGGUGCUGGCCCUGCCCGGGAAGCCACCCUUCCUGACCCAGCUCCACUCCUGCUUCCAGACCAUGGACCGCCUGUACUUUGUGAUGGAGUACGUGAAUGGGGGCGACCUCAUGUAUCACAUCCAGCAAGUCGGCCGGUUCAAGGAGCCCCAUGCUGUAUUUUACGCUGCAGAAAUUGCCAUCGGUCUGUUCUUCUUACAGAGUAAGGGCAUCAUUUACCGUGACCUAAAACUUGACAACGUGAUGCUCGAUUCUGAGGGGCACAUCAAGAUUGCUGAUUUUGGCAUGUGUAAGGAAAACAUCUGGGAUGGGGUGACAACCAAGACAUUCUGUGGCACUCCAGACUACAUCGCCCCCGAGAUAAUUGCUUAUCAGCCCUAUGGGAAGUCCGUGGAUUGGUGGGCAUUUGGAGUCCUGCUGUAUGAAAUGUUGGCUGGGCAGGCACCCUUUGAAGGGGAGGAUGAAGAUGAACUCUUCCAAUCCAUCAUGGAACACAACGUAGCCUAUCCCAAGUCUAUGUCCAAGGAAGCUGUGGCCAUCUGCAAAGGGCUGAUGACCAAACACCCGGGCAAACGUCUGGGUUGUGGACCUGAAGGCGAACGUGAUAUCAAAGAGCAUGCAUUUUUCCGGUAUAUUGAUUGGGAGAAACUUGAACGCAAAGAGAUCCAGCCCCCAUAUAAGCCAAAAGCUUGUGGGCGAAAUGCUGAAAACUUCGACCGAUUUUUCACCCGCCAUCCACCAGUCCUAACACCUCCCGACCAGGAAGUCAUCAGGAAUAUUGACCAAUCAGAAUUCGAAGGAUUUUCCUUUGUUAACUCUGAAUUUUUAAAACCCGAAGUCAAGAGCUAAGUAGAUGUGUAGAUCUCCGUCCUUCAUUUCUGUCAUUCAAGCUCAACGGCUAUUGUGGUGACAUUUUUAUGUUUUUCAUUGCCAAGUUGCAUCCAUGUUUGAUUUUCUGAUGAGACUAGAGUGACAGUGUUUCAGAACCCAAAUGUCCUCAGGUAGUUUGGAGCAUCUCUAUGAGAUGGGAUUAUGCAGAUGGCCUAUGGAAAAUGCAGCUGCAUAAUUAACACAUUAUCAAAGUCCUCUUACAAUUUAUUUUCCGCAGCAUGUCAGCUAAGUAGACCCAAUGGGGAGAGAAAAUGCCUGCUUUCUUUCCCUCUUUUUCUGCACUGCCAUAUUCACCCCCAACCAUCCAAUCUGUGGAUAAUUGGAUGUUAGCAGUACUCUUCCACUUCCGGGCCUGGAGCUUGGCUGGUAUCCAAGUGUAUGGUUGCUUUGCCUAAGAGGAAUCCCUCUAUUUCACCUGUUCUGGAGGCACCAGACCUUGAAAAGAACAUGUUCAAAAUAAAUGUUAUUUGUUAUUUUUGUAAACUCAAAGUUAAGAUGAUCAAAGUUCUAAAAUUCCAAGAAUGUGCUUUUAGACGGUCUCAAUCUAAAAGCACUUCAAGGGGUCAAAGGGCAACCAGCUUGGGUGCUACCUCAGUGUUGUAGUUUCUGAUACUUUAUGUCUUUGCUCACCCUCAUCCCCAAACUACUUGAAAAGGGCAUUUGGCACCACUCCCUGAAACAACACAGUCACUCUAGCAAGGCCCCCAAAGGGCCCUGGUUUUACAUUACAUUUCAAACUUUAUUUGCUUUGGGGUUUUGUUUCUGUUGUUGUUCAAAUGCAAAAAAAAGAAAAAAAAAGAUGACUCACAUUGUUACACAUGCUUUAAAAUAUGUGUUCAAAUGUUAUUAACCACAAUGACAACUUGCUUUGAUUUAACCAAGAAGUCGGCUGCGGAGCCUAGCAGACUCAGGCCUGUGGGAAUGGGAUUUGUUACAAAUCUAGGUUUGUUACUGGCUUUAGAAAGCUAAUGAAGUGCUCUGAAAAAGACACUUUCUUGAAACAAAGAUGGUUGUAUUCCUCACUUUGAUGUUGUUUUGCAAGAUGUUUGUGGAAAUGUUCAUUUGUAUCUGGAUCUCUGUUAUGUGCCAUUUUUCUUCUAGCAUCGAGAUACAAUAAAAAAAAAGAAAAGAAGAAGAAAUACUAUUUUAAGGAAAACUGAUCUUUUUGAAAAACAUGGACCUAAACUACAAAGUGGGAACUGAGGAGGGAACUCAGGAGAAAGGAACUAACUGCGGAGCUUUAAUCUUGGCCCCAGUGUUCAGCCACUUGGAGGGGCGGGGGCUGUGGCCCAUUCAGGGGCUGCUGGAGGCCUGUAGUGGGGUGGGAUGACCUGGCCAGAGCCAACGAGGAUACUGGAACUCAAAGUCAAGUUUAGAGACCAGCUGGGAACGUGAAUGGGGCUCUUGAUUUUCUUAUCAAAAUCACCACUCCUCCCAGCUUGGGCUAAAUAUUCUUUCUAGCAAGCAGCUUUGUGAGCUCCCUGAAGCCCCAGGAAACCCUUGGGUGGGAGAAAUUUCAUUUCUGUCUGAGCGGAUUAAGACAGCAGGUGACUCCUCCUCCUCGCCUGCCGUGUCCUGCUAUUCUCAGGCAGCUCUAAGGAGAAUUCUUAUCACAGUUCAAGUGAUUUCCAGAAGUUCCAGGGCUUCUGAGAGACCAUCAAGGGAACUUUAACAACUUGACAAAUGUCCUUGAAGUAAGAUGUCUCAUCUUUAGGGAAAAAUGGGGUUUGGAUUUCUGCUUAGGCAAAGUCUCCUGCAGUUCAUCCUUCUCUGUCCUCUUCUUGCUUCAGGCUUGGGGACCGUCCCUGCUGUCCCCACUGUAGUGGCAAUCAGGACCUAAGGUGAAGCAAACUUGAAGUUCUAGCUGACAAGUUUAGGCAGUAAGAGAAGGAGGGAAAUCGGAGCAAGGCUCCCUCACUUUAUUGUUGAGAAACUGGCAUCUGGAAAGAGGAAUGAACUUGCCCAAAGUCAGUCAGCUGGGAUAAAAACCUGGGUGUCCUGUCCAGAAAGUGCAGGGCACUUUCUGCUCUGUAGCAAGGCAACAGGCAUCUCUGAAUCAGGCCCACCAACACGCCCGUAUCUGGUGGUUGGAUCAUGAUCCCAGAUGAGGGAUCCCAUUGAGGUCCCGUAUCUGGUGGUUGGAUCAUGAUCCCAGAUGAGGGAUCCCAUUGAGGUCCCGUAUCUGGUGGUUGGAUCAUGAUCCCAGAUGAGGGAUCCCAUUGAGGUCCCGUAUCUGGUGGUUGGAUCAUGAUCCCAGAUGAGGGAUCCCAUUGAGGUCCCGUAUCUGGUGGUUGGAUCAUUAUCCCAGAUGAGGGAUCCCAUUGAGGUCCCGUAUCUGGUGAUUGGAUCAUGAUCCCAGGUGAGGGAUCCCAUUGAGGUCCCGUAUCUGGUGGUUAGAUCAUGAUCCCAGGUGAGGGAUCCCAUUGAGGUCCCUCAUCUGGUGGUUGGAUCAUGAUCCCAUUUUGCUUGGACAUGCUCUCAGGAAGACAAAAACCAUGGAGAAACACUAGGCCAUUGACAAAUGAUCUGAGACAACUUUAGAAAACAAUGUAGGAUGAAUGGAAAGAGAAAGAGAGAGAAAGAGAAAGAAAGGAAGAAAGAAAAAGAAGGAAAGAAAGAAAGAGGAAGGAAGGAAGGAAAGAAGGAAGGAAGGAAUAUAGUGUGUAUAAAUACUGCACUCAACAUUUUCCAAAUUCUUGCCAUUAUUUUUCAAAAGUUUAAUAGUUUGCAGAAAUAGAUACUCAAGCCAAAGUCUGUUUUAGAGAAACUUUCCAUGGAAAGUCAGAAUUUCUACCACUUCCUUUUCUAUCCACAUUUCCAGUGCAGAAGAAACUGAGAAACAGAGCUUUUUGAAGAGAGGACAGGGCCAUAGCCACAAGGGCCUUCUUGGGGGAUUAAUGGGAGGUCAGUAGAAUUAAUAACCCUCCUUGGAUGAGUGCUACUGUUCUCACAUGGCUUCAGAUGCUAUCAACCUCAAAGAAAUGAUCUCAACAGAGAGGCUUAUUCUCUCCCAACUUCUACGGUAAAAUCCAGGAGUGUUUUCUCUGGGGAUCUGCCCGCAGGACAAAGUCCAUAAAAGCAAGUCCUGUCUGGACCAUGUGGUUAUCUGAAGUAUCAGCCAUCACCAGCACAACAAAUGGGGCAGGGCUUUCCAAGGUGGGGCUGGUCAGAAGCGAAUGUUUGAUAAGAUGAUCACAGGCAGGGAAAGUGAAAUAGGGUUGAUGAGACCAGGGGAGACCUAAAAAAAAAGGCAGCUUUGUGUCUUCUAGCUCCAAAUAUACCUGCCUUUUAGCUCACACACUGUCCUGGAGUUCUCAGACCUUUAGGGGCCCUAACACAGUUCAGUUUAUACAGGGGUUCAAAAGGGACAGUGGCCCAUUUGGGAGACCUUUAGGAUCAAUGGGAAUAAAUUCCAUUGUUUUGCCUCACAGUAAAGUUUCUGGCUCGGGGGCAAUUAUAAGUUGCAAAAAGGAUAGAGGCAUAUCCCAAGUCUUCCUUCAUUCCACAAAUAAUUACAAACAACCUACUGUGUGCCAGGCACUAUUCUUAGCACUGGAAAUACACUAGUGAAGAAGCAGAUGAGGACCCUGUUUAUUGUUUCUCUCCAAGAAAUUCUCUAACAAUAUUGUUUCUUGGAGAGAAAUAAUAAAUAAACAAGACAAUUUCUGAAAGCAAUAAGUGCAAUCAAGAUAAUUAAAGGAUGCUAAAGUGUGACUUGUGGGGAUUGGGAGAGAGAUGCACAAUCAGUAUUAAAGAGGAGGCAUUCGAUCUUUGUUGUGAACACCGGAAGUAACAUGCUGAGCGCCUGGGGGAUGGAAACUCCUAUAGCACCCCACAGGCUAACAGCAGGCAGGACAAGACAAACAGAGCAGGUGGGACAUGGUAGAGAUGGACCCCACCCAGGAAACAGCUCUGUCAGCAUCUUAGCCUGCCCCACUCUAGCCACACAUACCCACGUGCACUCCUGAGUUCAGUGUGCCCACCUCACUCCCACACCCUCACAUAGACAUGGCGAGAGUAAGGAGGGAACUCCAUAGAAACAUUUUACCUAUCUCAGGGGAGCAGCCACAAAGAAGCAAGUCUUGUAAAAGGUGUUUUGCAAAGGACAGUGAACCCAGCAAUGAGAGAUCCCUAACACCUAGUGCCCAUUAGGGGGCUAAACCUAAAGCCUGGGUGGUGAUGGCUCAAAAGUUAAUGAGUCAGUGAAUCCUUACCGACCCCCUGGCCUUUAUAAUCUGAGGCAACUUUGGCUGCAGCCCGGGAAUGUGCAGGGCACUAGGGAAUCCAAGGCCUUCUUCCCUGGUUGUCUUGUAAUAAAACAGCCAUUGGGUUGUCCCUCCAGUCCGAGGGACUGAGAUGAGGCCUACGUAGCAGCGAUGUGGUCAGGUAAAAAUCAGGAACCCACUGAAAUCUUGGGCAAGCCACCCUGCCUGCUUGUGCCUCGGUUCUCUCAUAUGUCAUAUAUAGGAGGUGAGGACUCCAGCUCUACCUGCCCCAGGUGGGUGUGGUGAUGAUGAGGAAAGACAAGAGGCUUGCAAGGACCCUGAAGAGGUCGGAGCAUCAUACAGAUUCCUUUAUUAGCCCACAUUCUGAUGUUCCCUGCUGAGACUUGCCCCAAGCAAUUGCUAGUAAAAGGGGGUUAAUUUCUUCUCCACCUCUCUACUGAACAAAAAAAGAAAAGCCAGACUUACUAGGAGAAUCUAGUUGCUUUGGGUUUCUUUUGUUUUGUUUUAUUUUGUUUUAAGGCUCCCCUUACACACCCUCCUUUAAGCUUUGGGUUUUCUCUCUUAUAGUUUGUUGACUAGAUACAAGCUAAAAAUGUCUUUGGAGAGAACUUCUGCCUGAUAAACACCCAAUUCUAGACUGUGGGUGGAUUUUCGAGUUGACAGUGGUCAAUUCCUUUCAUUAAGCAGUGAUCUGAUUUCUCCACAUGGCCAUUCUGCCCAAAGUAGAUGGGCAGCAGUUCACCUUUUCAAAGAAAGAGGUCUUCUAGCCACCUGGGCUGCUACUGAAUGGUUUUCUCCAGGACGCUCUACCUAAUGAUUAUUUCUAUAACAUUAAGCAUGGUAAUAAGUAGCUUCCAAUUCAAUUCAUCCUAAAGCCAAAGAAAAUACAGCACCACACACACACACACACACACACACACACACACACUCCACUUUAUGGCAAUUCUUAACUGAAAUUCAAUGACUUACUUUUUUUCUUAGAAAAUUUCCACCACGUUUCUAUCCCCAAGCCAACAUACAAUGUGAAAUGAAAGCUAGUACAUGGAGUGCAGCUGCUAAAAAUUUUCGGCACAGGGCUCUUUCUGACUCUGCUCAUGAGAUGGUAUCAGCCACCCAAUGACUGGCGUAUCUUGGUCCUGUGUCUUUCUUCUUAUGCUGUGUUAAUGUGUUUACUUUCCAUUUGGCAGAGAGACAAGAGAGACACCUCCAACUUCGACAAAGAGUUCACCAGACAGCCUGUGGAACUGACCCCCACUGAUAAACUCUUCAUCAUGAACUUGGACCAAAAUGAAUUUGCUGGCUUCUCUUAUACUAACCCAGAGUUUGUCAUUAAUGUGUAGGUGAAUGCAAACUCCAUCGUUGAGCCUGCAGUGUAAGACUUCAGGCCAAGCGUAUGUAUCAAUUCUAGUCUUCCAGGAUUCACGGUGCACAUGCUGGCAUUCAACAUGUGGAAAGCUUGUCUUAGAGGGCUUUUCUUUGUAUGUGUAGCUUGCUAGUUUGUUUUCUACAUUUGAAAAUGUUUAGUUUAGAAUAAGCGCAUUAUCCAAUUAUAGAGGUACAAUUUUCCAAACUUCCAGAAACUCAUCAAAUAAACAGACAGUGUCAAAACUACUGUGUCUGAUACCAAAAUGCUUCAGUAUUUGUAAUUUUUCAAGUCAGAAGCUGAUGUUCCUGGUAAAAGUUUUUACAGUUAUUCUAUAAUAUCUUCUUUGAAUGCUAAGCAUGACUGAUAUUUUUAAAAAUUGUGAGUAAGCUUUGCAAUUACUGUGAGCUAUUGUCUCUUGGAGGAAGUUUUUUGUUUAAGAAUUGAUAUGAUUAAACUGAAUUAAUAUAUGCAA